GAAGCAGUCGGCACGUGUGUGACUUUCAGCUGCGGCCGCUCAGUGGAGGCAUGGAAGGGUUCAGCUCGGACUUCUCCCCGUCGGCUUCUGCCGCGGGCUCCGGCAAGAUAGACACCGGCGCCAUCAUGGAACAAGUGAAGGUGCAGAUCGCAGUGGCCAAUGCGCAGGAGCUGCUGCAGCGGAUGACUGAUAAAUGUUUUCGGAAAUGUAUUGGGAAACCAGGAGGAUCACUGGACAAUUCAGAGCAGAAAUGCAUUGCAAUGUGUAUGGACAGAUACAUGGACGCCUGGAAUACAGUAUCCAGAGCCUACAACACCAGACUACAGAGAGAGCGUGCUAAGAUGUGACAAGAGCCAGAGCAACCUAACAUCCAACAGAAAUCCUGCACCCACUACGACUGGGAGUUCACCUCUCCGCUGCUAGGAAGCUGAUCAUAACCAGGAUGGUCAACCUACAUUGUAUAGCUACUGGCAGUGAAUGAGUUAAAUGGACUUCCCUAAUGGCUAUGCCAUUGAUAAACCGUAUGGUUCAUUAAUCUGCUGAACAUUUUUCCUUUACCUUAAUAAAGAUUUAAGUUUGUCUUCCCCUUCUAGAGCAGGAGUAGAACAUGGUUGACUUUGUGUUAUGUCUCCCUAUAUCUAUACCAAUCUUUUAGUCUUUAAUACAAAUGUGCGGUGUGCUGCUCGUUGUUUGUGCUAUGACAUAGGCCUCUUGCACGAUCACCAACCGUGGGGCAGCGGAUCGCGGACCCAUUCACUUU